GUUCUAGUACAUCUUCAAGUCCGACUGUAUUUUCGACUCCACUGUCCUCUGAUUCUGUCACGCUUUUAAUAACAACCACAUCCUCUACGCCCAUCGUAUCGUCGACCAUCAUCACAUAUUCAGAUUUAGCUUCAUCUUCAAGGCCUGCAGAUGUUUCAGUGCCCGCUUCCACCUCCUCACCCAUCGUAUCUCCAAUAAGCAACAGUGCAAUCGUUUCAGAAAGCUCGACUCCUAGCACAAGUGGUUCCAGCCAAUCUACGUCUGUAGAAGUUGCCACCUUCUCUACCAGAACAAGCGUAUCGUCUCCAGCCAUAUCAAGUUCGACAACGUCGUUGAGCAGUAGCACAGUCACCAUGUCUGGGCCAGCAUAUACAUACUCUUUCGAAGACUAUGCAUUAUCCAGCGUCAGCGUGAUGGGAUCAUCUCCACUGAGUGAAGGGCUGGCAGGCCCGACUAACCUUCCUGAUCUUCCAUGUGUUCUGGAUGCCAGCAAGGGGGCAGCGUCCAAGUUCAAACUGUUAAGUCCAGCCGGCUUACCAAUAGUUAGUAGGGACACUUCUAUCGGCCCAUUUCCUAGUCCUUCUUCACAAGCUGAAGCCAAUGCACUCGGUCCCGCAGAGGAUCUAGUCCUAUCAACAUUCUAUUUCAGCACACCAGAGAAUGGUCCCGGUUACGUCUACGACUUGGUUCUAUCAGGCUCGCCUCCUAAAUAUGUUGGUAAAGUCAGUGAUGGGAGUGUUGUGCUGUUGGAUUCAUCCACUGGGUUGAACGGGGCUGAAUUUGGUGAUCAACAAGUCAUUACCUCAACAUUCAGCGUAGACUGUAAAGGUCGUAUCAUUGUUUCCAACCUGAACGGAAACACUUUCACUUGGAAAAUCACAGGUGGAGCAACGACCAUGACACUCGAUGGCGCUGAUGGCUCCAGCCAACAUAUGCUUGCUUUGCCUGUGGCCACGAAACCAAGCAACCGACGCCACCGUCGGCAGAGUCAAGCGAGCUCUGGUGUAGCACCUCGCUGUCCCAGCACUCCGGCAAACUUGUUUUCCAAGGCUAAGCCGGGAGCCGGUGCGAAUAUCAACGGAUGCGGAGCCUCUAAUGGAUUUGAUACAGCACCACCAUCUGAGUACAACUUCCAAAGCUGCUGCAACAGCCAUGAUUCCUGCUACGAAAAUUGCGAGCAGACUACCUUUGAACAGUGUAACACCAGCUUCCAAUCCUGUAUGAAAGACCAGGCCUGCGCUAGCCUGAAUUCAUGGGAUAAAUAUGACUCUUACCUGGCUUGCACCCAGCUAGCCGACUAUACAUACUCCGUAGUCUCUUCAGAUACUGGUCGCCAGGAAUUCUACGAGGAAAGCAACCGCCAGUGUGCUUGUUUCUGCUCUAACACACAGGGUCUCUGUCGCCAAACAGACAACUCCUAUCAAUGCACCGAUCUCUUCGCCACAGAUAGCAACAACUGCGGCGCGUGUGGCCGAACAUGCCCUGCGAAGACCCGAUGCUCCGCCGGAUCCUGCGUCUGCGCCCACGAUCAAUGCGGCACCCAGUGCGUCGACUUCCAAACACACCCCUCAAACUGCGGCUCCUGUGGCACCGUCUGCGCCUCCGGAUACUGCCUCAACGGCAUGUGCGCCACACCCCCUACUUCGCCCACAGCCUGUGUUCCAGGCGAGGCCUUUGCUAAUGGCCAGUUCACCACUGACUUCUCCGGCUGGACGACCUCGCGUGCCGUCCCGGCUCCCGCCGGUGUCGUACCCAUCGGCCGCGCCGCCGACAGCGCUGCCUCCGACGGAUACUCCCUAUCCUUCAAUCCCACAGCUGUGUACCAGACCGCCUCCACAGAGCUACGUGUCUGCGCAGGGCUCAGCUACGAAGUCUCGUUCCAGGUGCGAACGGAGAAUGACUCGUUUGGCGGGUGUAAUAUCUGGGUGCAAGUCGCGGGUAAUCGGCAGAUCUGGCGGGAUACGACACGGCCAACAAGUAAUGUGUUUCGCUCGGUUGGGCCGUUGGGGACGGGGAGCUUUACGGAUAAGACGGCGGGUGUGAGGGUGAGUGGGAUGGACUUGUACGUGCCGUUUAUGGUGGUGUUGCAGUGUCAGGGGCAGGGGGGUGGAAGUGUGCGGUUUGAUGGGUUCUCGGCGGUGGCGUAUUCGUCGUGA